GGAAACGUCUCUCUGUACUGUUGUGUGCGAUCGCUCGCGAGCGGCUUUCACUUUUGCUACGGCCACGUUCGCAUCUGGAUCAACCAGUCGUCACAGAAGACGAAUCGCAAUUAUGGCUUCGAACGCUUUUACAUUGUUCAUGCAUUUCUUGCUCCUGAUCUCUUUGGUCGUAACAUCAUUGGCCUACGAUCCAAACGACAAAUCGCUGAAAGACAUUCUGCUACCCGAAGGACAAUUCGAGGCAUUCUAUCUGAAAGGAUCGCAAGAGGAAGAACAAAACGCCGUGAGGCCUCCGCAUCUUCAUGGCUCGUUUCACCAGUUCAAGAAUCCCGCCCUAGUCGGCGCGCCGAACAGCGCCGCUUAUGGUUUCCGUUUCGACGGAAAGCGCCGUUUUAAUUACGAUUAAACCAAAGGCAUAUCGAAUUUACAAUGAAACAAUGUAUAGUGUUUUGCUAAUAAUGUUUCGUGUUGCGGCGUUAUCAAUGUUUAUUUAAGCAGGAUGUAUUAUGCAUUAGAUGGGAGGUGCUAUUUAUGUAUCUACA